GUGGUGCUGACUGCUGACUGACCGGCCGGUGACCACGGGAAAAGAUCCAGCGGGCUUCGUUUAAACGCCGGCCCACCGCGUGCACCCAUCCAACUGCUUCUUCUACUUAAGCGGAGCCACCCCACAGCUGCCACACCGGCAGCCACCUCGCCCAUCUCUCCUCUCCCUCCCUCCCCAUCACUCCUCCACCUCAGGCUAGCUUUCAACCCCGCAAAACCUCGCCGGCCCGGCACAGUCGAGCCUGCACUGCACGCGCGCAGCCCGCGCAUGCAUUUCCCGCCGACGCGCGCCGCAGCUCGCCGGCACCAAGCUCGACCGUAGCACGCGCGCACGCAGCAUACUCGGCACUCGGCACCGAUGGGGGCGGCGGCGCCGCUGACGCUGCGGGACUUCCUGGAGAUGGCGUGCGAGUCCAGCUGCAGCGACGGCUUCCGCUCCUACCCGCGCCGCCUGCUCCCCUGCCCCGUCUCCCACUCCGACGACGCCACGCAGGAGAAGCUUAAGGCGGAGACGGCGCCCGUGCGCCUCCUCAUCGAGGCCGACCUGCGGCGGAGCCCGUCCCGGACGCUCUCCUCCAUCCUCUUCCCCCGGAGCCCCCGGUCGCUGGCCGCCAUCUCGCGCCUCUCCAGGACCCUCUCGCGGCGGCUCGUCUUCUGGAGGCGCCACCCCGGCGACGACGACGGCAGCGAGCGGGACUCUCUCGGCCUCCCGUCGCCCGUCGUCAGCAGCUGCUCCGCGUCCGAGCACGCCGAGUCGGACGCGGAGGCGCCUGGCCCGCCGCCCGUCGACGCGGCGGAGGAGAAGCCCGCCUCGAAGCCUUCGCCGUCGUCCAGCUCGGGCAGCGUCGACGCGGACGACGGCCACGCCGCCGCCGGAGCCAAGCACAAGGAGCAGCAAGCCGAUGGUGGCGAUGCCGUGGGGUCGACGGAGGAGGAGAAGCAGCAGCUGAGCCCCGUCUCCGUCAUGGACUUCCCCUUCCAUGACGACGACGAAACGAGCGACGCCGGCACCUGCUCGCCUGCUACCUCCUUCCAGCACUGCCUCCCCGACGAUCCCGAACGUACGUUACGGUCGAACAAGGCGCAGGCGCAGGAACUGCUGCUGCUGCACAAGAUCCGACGGCUCGACGGCCUGGCGCAGGCUGUGGGCCCCGUGGAUCUCGAGGCGCAGUUCGGCACCGAAUCUGAUCGCCAGUCUGCGGAAUCUGACGACACGCACACCCAGACGAGCAACUGCAGCAGCACCAGCGCCGACCACGGCGUGGCGGCGACGUGGUCACCACGGUGCCGGAGCGCCGAUCGUGAUGCAGAGCGCGAGCCUGACGUGCCCCGGCGCCUCCUCGCGCGACUCCUCAAAGACGACGACGACGACGGCACGGCAGUUACUUCGGGUGCCACGGAACGGCUGCUCCUGGACUUCUUCGCGGAGGGGCUCGACCGGCGCCGUGCGUCGGAGGCAGGGCCGGUGGUCUCCCCGGUGAGGCCGUCGGACGACGAGUCGGCGCUGGUGCGUGCGGCACAGGAUUGGGUGCAAGGUGCCGGCACGCGGUGGGGCGCGGAGGACGUGCUGUUCGCCGGGGAGGCGGCGCUGGCGGACAUGGACCGGGGUCGGCGGUGGGUGCGCGCCGGCGAGGAGGAGCGGGAGGUCGGCGCCGCGUUGGAGGGGCUGGUGAUGGACGAGCUGGUGGCCGAGCUUGUGAGCGACUUGGCACUGGCACGCCGUUGACGUACUAUGUAAAAAAUGUGCACGUCGUGCGUGUACCCGUGUGCCGCUGGUUUGGUCUGGUAGGAAGGGUUGACGCGUUGAGUCUUGAGUGCACGUUAACUCGAGUGUUAAAACAUGACGUGGUUUCACAUGCAUGGUGGGGUGGUGCGAGCAAAUUGAUACUCCAUAUCGAGUACUCCCUCCCUCCGUUUCAACUCAAACCAUGCCCCUUAUUUUGGAACGGACGGAGUACUUCGUGCCUUGUUGAGGCGAAUUGACACCACACAUCGUUAUGACAUCA